AUGGCCAACCCGGUAGAGCAAGCCGGCUCCCUGCCCAACGGGACAGUUGUGAGCGGCAACUCCCUGUCCUUUGAGCGGCCGCUAGUGGAGUCAGACUCUGGGUCGUUCUCCUGCUGGGCCAAUAACUCUGUGGGCUGGGGCGAGGCGGUGGUUAUCAUUACCAUCCGGUCAGGCAAUUUUAACAAUUGCCCGCAAAUGUGUGUGUCUUUUGUAGGUGGUGGUGGUGGUGAUAAUGGUGAAGAUGACGAUGGUGUUGAGCCCUGGGUCAUAGCUGUCGCCGUCAUUGUGCCACUGUUGGUUUUGGCUGCAGUGGCUGGAUCCGUCUUUUUCUUUUGCAAGAGGAAGGGGACUCAAGCAACGAACAAGCGACAACAUGGCCGGGACGCUCCAGUAGGUUCCGCACACCAACCGAAUGACCACGCUAACAAUGACGUGGAGACCCCUAGAGCCCAGCCACAUGGAAAAGGAGCGCCCACUGAAGGGGGCAUUGUGCAACAGAUCCCCAGUUCAUCAAGUGAGAAUAAAACAACAGAGUAUGCACAAAUUGCAGUGCCUCCUCCCGGUAGAGACAAUCUCACCGACGGAGGGCUGAAUGGGAAACCGAAUCGUGGCCACGUCAAGGCACCAAACGCAGAUGACAACCCUGCUGGCAGUGGUGGAAAACAGCCACCACAAGCUGCUCCGGCGACGAUUUACGCUGAACUCAAUCAAGAGAACUUGGCUAAGAAACGUCCAGUUGGAUCCACAUCAGCUGGCAAACCUACAAGUGGUGGAAAACAGCCACCGCAAGCUACUUCGGCGCCGAUUUAUGCUGAAGUCAAUAAAGAGAAAGCGGAUAAGACAAGUCCAGUUGGAUCCACAUCAGCUGGCAAACCUACAAGUUCGAGCUUCCAAGCAGGAGGUGAUGACGCAAAUGGGCAACAGCACCUGCAAAAGCCAAAGCCAAACGUACCUCCAAAGCCGAAGAAGGGUUCCCAGAAUAACGCCGAUUGAAGUGAGAAUCAAGACAGUGAAAUUGAGCCACCCGCAGGACGUGAUGAA